UGCGUUGAUUAACUUGUUGCAUACGCGUCCUGGAUAAGGCAGGAGAGUGGAGCGGGAAAGCGCCGGGUCUCUAGUCACUUCUCCCCUUGCUGUACACUUGAAAAAAAGAAAACGUUAAGAAUUGUAGGGUUUUCUAAAGAAAAUAAGAGUAUUUUUUGAUAAAGUGUCUAGAAAUUUAAGACCGAAAAAUAUGAAUUUUAAAAUUUUAUUGAGAGGGUGAGAGUGCCAUAUAUGAUUUUUUUUCCCACCCAUCGAACGACGUGUGUGUAUGUGAGACCAUAAUUAUUUGCGUUUUGUGGGGGCGCCAAGCGAACUUGCGGCUAGGUCGGUGUGACCCAAGAAUGUGGAGGACGGAGGGCUUGGUGAUGAUGACACUGGGAAAGGAAAAGCAGAGCCACCAAAAGCAACAACCACAAGAGCGUUAUCGCUAAUCGAUGGCUGGCCAUCAAGAACGCUAAGCAAAUAAGCAACAGGAGCUCUACGAGCUGGAGAGCUCGACGGCCAAGACCCGAGUCCGAGACCCAAGACAUUGUCGUAGCCAUCGUCGCAGUCCAGUUGCCGUUGCCGUUGGCGUCGCCGUCGACGCCCACACACACACACACAACGCGCAGCGAAAGCGAUAACCGCUAGGAAAUAAAUAAACAGUUUUAGUUGCUGUCGGCGAUUCCUGAGGAGCGGAGCCCACUCGAAAUGCUGGCGGCUCAGGAGAAUCGCUUCCAGUAUGUGUACUUUGCGCUGUCCGCCGUGGUGGCCAGCGCUAUGCUCGUCCUGGUCUACAUCUCCAUGCGUUCGAGCCUAAAUGAACGGUUGCGCGAGGACCUGGCCAAGACGCAGCACCAGAUGAUCUUCGAGAAGCCGAAUCCACACUGGGACUAUAGCAAUAGCUGGCGGAAGAUCGGAAAUGCUUCGCUCAGGCAUGAGAUAUACUCGGCCUACUUUGAUGUGAGAACGGAGAUUAUAGGCAGUGUCCGCCUGGAUGAGGAGCAGAUGACCAUUGGUUCCCUGCGUCUGUUUGCCAUUCUGCCCGAGCGCCUGCGCGACUCUCGGGUGAGCUGCAUCGUUCGCUUUGCGGACUUUACCAGCCAGGAAAUAGUGGCCGAGGAGGCGGGGGCCAUGCAUGAUGUACACAACAAUACCUUUGCUGCCUGGAGCAUCAUGUGUCCAUUGCAUGCCUCACGCCGCAGUCCCAUGCGACUGCCCCAGGCGGUGGCCCUUACCUAUGCCUCCAACAGACUGAGUCACCUGAGUCCCACCUUUAUUCAGAUCAGCUACCCCCGCAACAUGACCAACCUUUUUGGACGUUCGCGUCCCACGAUCUCCGUGUGCGUGGGUCCGCUGCAGGAAAACUACUCAAAUGUCUUGCGCCUCGUGGAGUUUGUGGAAAUGUACCGCCUGCAGGGCGCCAGCCACUUUUAUUUCUACUACGUGGAGGCCACCGAGGAUGUGCGUCGCGUUCUGGAGCACUAUCAGCGCAUCGGACUGGCCGAUGUCUUUGAGUGGAAUGUCCACUCUCACCUGCAGGACCUCCACUAUGCCGGGAUUGUGGCGCAGUUCAAUGACUGCGUCUACCGGGCCAAUGUCGUGGAUAACUUCAGGUAUGCCGCAGUGGUGGACCUGGAUGAGGUGGUAAUGCCGCUGAAGCACAACUCCUUGGCGGAUUACCUGCGUCAGUGCGAUGAGGGCCGAACCGCGGGCUUCGUCUUCCGCAAUGUCUUCUUCCAUCGAAGGGAUAGUAAUGACACCUUCAAUGCACCCGCCCACGUUCUCAACCGACUGCUCUACACUCAGUCGAAGGUGAAGCGGACCCUGGAGGUCCUGCCCGCCCACGUGCGAAGCAAGGUGGUGGUCAAUGCCCGGGGAAUUGUAGAGAUGGGCAACCAUCAGGUGUAUCGCUCGGCGCCGGGCUACACCGACCACAUAGUGCAUCCGACGGUGGGCCUGCUGUUCCAUUACCGCGACAAGUGCAUCAACUGCAAGAUGGUGCUCAUCGUGGACUACACCGCGCGGAGAUUCGGGUCGCUGCUCUUCGACCGCGUGGACACCACGUGCCUGGAGGUCUUCAUGGACCGGCGGGGCAUCUGUGAGUUGGCGUAGCCCAUAUCAGCGAACCGAUCUCCGACAGACGCCCCCUAAAAACUACAAAGACCAGAGAUCUCGCGGCUCAGUUCUGAGCGUGGCCUCCGCCCGUCGACAUGCUGAAGUUCUGCUCGCUGCGCAAGGGCAGGGAGUCCGCGAUUCCCAAUGUUACGACUCCGGCUUCGGCUCCGGCUCCCAGAGUGGCCAAGAGUGUACGACAAAUUAGCCUAAGUCCCCAAGCUGUUCUCUCUAAGUGUUAUGCCGUAAUAAAUCGUGCUUUAAGUGA